UGCUAUUUAUUUGCUGAAGUUUGUUUAGGAGAAAGAUUUUAUAUGUGGAGAAAGAUCAAUAUUUUGCUGAAAUUAAUAUCCUAAAGUUAUUAUUAUUGUUGCAAUUGAUUUUGCUUUGAAAACAUGAAUUGAGACAUAACUAUUAAUGCAUGAAAUAAAAUAGCAUCGCUGGUACUGUCUAUAUAAACUGUUUUUCUUUGUUGCUUUGCUUUUCAUUGGUCUUUUAUAAGCCUUUUUAAUCAAGAAGAGCGCUUGUUGUUGCACAAUGACUAUGUUGUCAUCAGCCUAUAAUCAGGCACAAUUUGUUAAAGGCAGCAGCUCCCAAGAUCGUUCAAUCUGUUACCAAAAUCAUGAACAAAAGUUUUACAUCUAGUAUUUUCCCAGACGUUUGGAAAACUGCAAAAGUCACUCUAGUACACAAGUUUGGCCCCCUCCAUGAUUUUGGGAAUUUUCAACCAAUUUCAGUCCUUCCACUGCUAAGUUAAAUAAAUGAAAAACAUGUCAGGGUCAUUUCUACACAUACCUGGACACACAUGGGCUCCUUUACGUAGCUCAGUCAGGCUUCAGAGCAAUGCACUCAUGUGAAACUGCUCUUCUCAAUCUAACAACCCCAUGGUUGUCUAUGAACGAUGGCCUCAUGAUAGGUGUUAUUCUGCUUGAUUUGAGAAAAGCGUUUGAUCUUCUCAAUCAUAAAUUACUAUUGGAAAAGCUAAAACUAUAUCAUUCUGCAGUAAAACACUUGAAUGGUUCACUUCGUAUUUGAACAAAUGUAGCAAAGGGUUGCUUUUGAAAAUAACAUCUCAGAUCCCAAGGUUGUGAAGUCAGGGGUACCACAAGCCUCAAUUUUAGGACCACUAUUAUUCAUCUUGUUCAUGAAUGACAUACUAUUAGAAAGGAAAGAAGGUACAUUAGAGAUGUAUGCAGAUAAUAGCACUAGAUCAGUUUCUGGCAAGACUAUCAAAGGGAUUGAAACAGAGUUGUACACAUCUGCUAGACAAAUCACAACAUGGUGCAACGAAACAAGAUGGCUGUCAAUGUAGAAAAAACAAAGUCUCUUCUGGUCACGACACAGCAAAAACGUUCGAAGCUGAAAAGAAACUAACAAGAUCAAGCAAUCGAGAUUAACAUGAAUGAGCAGCCAUUUAUUAAGAUUCACAAACAAGAGCUUCUUGGAGUUAUUGUUCACCAGGAUCUUACAUGGAACGAUCAAGUUAAAAACAGGAAGUAUCUUGCCUUUUCCAAAUCAAGGUGGAAUUUUAGCUCUGGAAAUCAUUUUGCUGUUUCUGUUGGCUGCUUUGGAAAGCCUCAGGCUGUUUUUUGGUUACAAAGGAAAUUUGGCAGAGAGAAAGAUAUCUCUUAUCUACUCAAUUUUUUUGGCAGUUCCUGUCAUUUUCUGUCAAUUGUAUUUAAUUCUUUGGCAAACAUAUGUCUUACGAAUCGAGAUUGUGAUUUGUGCAGUCGCUCUUGUGUUUAUUGGAUUUGAAAUUAUUUUGAGCGGAGCCAUGAUUUGGACUUUUCAAAGGCACGAGUCCUUUAUCCGACAGUAAGAGAGAGAAGUUGGGCACUAAAUGAUGGCUUCGUUCUUGAUUCCUUCAAAGAUUCCCAUGCCAUAGACUAAAUGAAUAGAUCCAGCACCAAAUAAUACCAAAUCCAACUACACCAGUAUAAGAUCGAUCAACCAGAAAAGUGAUAUUUUUUUGGUUUUCUCUCUCCAUCCUUUGUCCUGGAUCCUUUUCCAAGAUUUCAAAGAAAAACUACUGAUUUUGACAGUCUCAGAUUUGGCCUCCCCAUACAAUUAGAAAAUAUUGUCACAGUCUUGCCAUUUCAACGUUUGAAGAGUUAAAGAUUAGAGACGUUACGUAAGAUACGUUUUCAGCAAGAUACUUUACGAUAGAAUGUCUUUUGAUUAUAUUUAAUCAAGGCAUCUCAAUUUACUGCUGUGUUUAUGGGAAACUGUCAGUUUACUCCGGACAUUGCAAUGGUAUUAGAACAUUGUAUUCUUAAUUAGAACAUUGUAUUCUUAAUAAGGAUAUUGUAAUCUUGACUAAGCUCUUGAUUAAAAUAUUGCGAUCUUACAAAACUUUGAAACACCUAUGAAAAGUUGAAACCUAA